GAACGACAUUUGGUCGAUUAUUUGUGAAUUACGAAUAAAUUUGGUAUCUAAAUUGGAACUUGGUUCUGUUGUUAAUUUGGGUUCGUAAUUUGCAAGUAGAUCGAUAGUCCGUACUUCAAUAACUGGAACGAGCAAAACUUGGACGUAACAUAAAGUUCUUCAAUUAUUGGUUCUGUGUUCAUACCUUGGAUUUGUCUGGAUAUUUUGGGUGCAGAUUCCUGGUCGAUUUCGUUUAGAUUAAUUCAGAAUUGUUUUGGUAAUCGAUUUCUUUGGAACAAUCAAUACGAUGGAAACGCGGAGCAAAAGGCUGAAGGAAAAUGACAAAAUGGAUGGUAAAAUUCCUAAUGCUGUUUGUGGUAUGUCUGAUGAAAAUGACAAAAUGGAUGGUAAAAUUCCUAAUGCUGUUUGUGGUAUGUCUGAUGUUAAUGAUGAUAAAUGUGAUGAUGUUAGUCUUAAUAGUAUGUCCUCUAGCCAGCUAAGUAUUUCUAGAUUAAAGUUAGAUAAAGCAUUACUGAGGAAAAGGGAUUUAGAGAAGAGACUUGAGUUAGAACGGCAACUUAAGAUGUUAGAUCUACAAGAAGAGGUUGAUAUCGCUGAACUAGAAUGCAAGGCCAUCGAGGACGACGAACGAUUACCCGUAGAUAAAUGUGGGAUAAAUGCUAAAGUGGAAAAUUAUUUGGAUUGUGAUACUGGGUGUAAUAAUCACUCAGGGGAGGUAUGUAACAUCUGA